AUGGACCACCGUACCCAAGACGAAUGUUGUAGGGUUGAGCCGGAGAUUCAGGAAUUUCAGGACGAUGGAACGGAGCCUGCCAAUAUUGACGACAAAGAAUUUGAGGAACUGCACAACAGUCUAAAGGAAGUAGUUCAAGACCCAUCUGUAAAACCCAAACUCCAGUGCUUGUUGGCAGACCCAUGUUUCUCUAUGGUGACCAUACAGAGUGAGGAUAGUGGGGUUGUAUGGGAGACUGCAUCAAGCAGGUGCUCGACCCCGUGGGCCUCAGAGGCCAGCUCUCCAUCAGAUGUACAUAGCAUGGAGGGCUCAGGGACCCAGGGUAAUGUUGUCAUCAUUAUGGAUGAAGACAAGGUCAAGAGGAAGAAGAAAACGGGCAGUAGAGGAAAGUUGGGUGACAGGUUACGAAGGCCAGGCUCCAGAUUGUUAAGUCCUGCAAUAGGAGAGGAAAGACCUGCAAUGGUUGAAGUGUCUGUGCCAAAUACAAAACCUAAAAAUUCAGAGGAUAGUCACUCAGCAGACAGCAAACUUGAUAAGGAUCAAGAGCUCUUUAAUUUGAUUUCUGAAGGCUUUGAAAUCCUAAAUAUUUUUGUACCAUCAAAACUUCCUACGGUGGAUGAGGAGGAUAGUACUGAACUCAUAGACAAUUUAUCAUACUUGGAGGACACUCCAAAGAUCAAAUCAAAAUGCAAAAAACUUGAAAGUGCAGCUGCUAUCAUCAGCCCUGAGGAUGUAGAUAUAGACUCGGAGGAAACAAAACAUGGGAGUCAAAAUGGUUCAUCUCAAACCACUCUUGAUGGACAAUCCAAGAAGCCUGAAACUGAUAUGGACUAUUUGGAGAAAUUCACGCUGUUAGAUCAGCAUGUGCCAGGCGAUGAAUCUGAGAAGAUUGAGCCAGUCGAAUUUGUUCAGCCAGAGGAACCCCAGGUUGCCCAAGAAGAGAAAAAAGUAGAUGAAACACUGGAUGAGGAUUCGUUUGUCAUUGUCAAUGAUGUUGAAAUUGCAGGUGAACAUCUUGAUGAGGUGUUUUAUGGAGCAGGUUUUUAUGAAGAGCCUGGACGUCUAUAUCGCCCUAAUGAGGAAAAUGAACAUAUGGAUAAAGAGACCUCUAAAAUAGUUAAAAAUCAUGAUUCACCAUUAUUUGGCAGUCAAGAGGUUAUCCUCACUCCCAUUUUCCUCUCUCCUGGGCCACCGAAGAUCAUAGAUCAAGAUCUUCUUGAUGAGCCAAGAGCAAUGUCAUUUCAUUACUCAGACCUUUAUGAAGAUGCAGUUGGAGAUAAGAAGAAAGAAGAUGACUUCUCAGAUGCAGAAAGUGUUAUUUCAGAAAAAUCAUUCAAAAGACGUUAUUCUGAUUCUGAUGAUGCAGAUGGCUAUCUUGAGAAAUUUAUAUUAAAAGAUGACACUCCAGUGGUUGACGAUGUAACAGAAGUAGAUCAUGCAGAGUGUGAGAGAAUGAUAUGGCUACAAAGUAAAUUUGAAAUGACUGGAUGUUUAACUCGUGUUAAGGAAGAGAAUGAGCCCCAAGAAGAGAAUGUUAAUCUCAACCAGACAAAAUUAGAGAGUAAAUAUGACAUUAUCAAAGGACAGAUUCAGCCUUCAGGUUUUUCAAAAGAAUGUGAAGACUGUGUUGAUGUUAAAACUGACUGUAUAAAAGGGGAAAGAGUUUCAGAGGCUUUAGAAGGCUGUGAAAGCAGUGACAAGGCUAGCUGUAUAACAGGGAAAUGUUCAGGGACUGUAGAAGACACUCAACACCGUGGUAUGAAGACUGGCUAUGCAAUACUAAACAUCUCACAAGAUCACAUUCCUGAAAAUGGAGCUGAUGUAUUUGAAGCAGUAAAUCAGAAAACAGAUAAAGUGGUAUUGAUGGAAGAUGGAAAACAAAGUGAAGAAUCAAGACAUGUGCACAUUCAGGUUCCUGGAGGGGUGUUAGAAGACAAAAUGGAUGAACUGAAAGAUGAACUGAAAUAUAAAGUCAUGCCUGUGCCUCAGACAAAUGACAAAACAGAAAUUACAAGCGAUGAAACCAGCAAACUGCCUGCUCAUGAUAGCAUAAAGGAAAUUAAUGAGGGGACUGAUAACACAGUUGAAAUUAAAGAAAUCAUUUGUAUUACCAAGGAAAAAGUGUCAGGCAAAAGUGAGCAACAUAAAAGAAAGAGACAUGAUAAAGCUGAACCUAUUUUGGUGGAGAAUGUAGAUGUUAAAGACACAUCCGAUUCAAUAACUGUAGCUGGAAAUACAAUACAAACUGUUCCUCAGGAAAAAGUCAGUGGAAAAGAGAUUCCUGUUAAUGAAAUAGAAUUUACUAUGGAAACCGUUGUGCCUGAAAAAGUUGACAAAGAGACCAGAUUCCCAGCCAGGGAAGAAAAAGUUCCUGAACCGAAAUGCCAGGUUGAAGUUAAUGUAGCAUUAAUGGAAAGUAAGUGUGAAGGUCGUGAGAGUAGGGAGAUACCUGCAGUAACACAAGAAGAAGUGAGAAUUUCUGCAGGCCUGUCAAGAAUUCCCGAAAGUGAGAGGCAGGAACAAGUUACUGCUAAACCUAUAGUCCUAGAUGUGAAAGACAUUGAUACUGCAGACAUUAAGGUUAAGGAAACUGAAGUCAAAACUGAGCUAGAAACUGUAAAUGAACACAAAGCUCUGGAAGAGGUUCUGGGUAGAGAAACACAUACAACAAAAGAGAAAGUGAGAGAAACCAAAGCAGAUGUCAAAGAAAAGACACAGAAAGAAGAUGAGAGUCUGAAAGACACGGUGCCAUCCAUGGUUGGCAAAAUGCCUGCUGGAGACAGAGUGACAGCAGAGAACACAGAAAUAGUAUAUUCAACCUCAGCUGUGGAAAGUCUGAGUAAUGUAGCCCCACAUGUCGUCACAACAAAGAAGCACAUUGUAAUGGAGCAGUCUGGGAAAAAAGAAAAAUACACUGGGCUUAAAGUUGAGAUUCCAGAAGCUGCAGAUGAUCAAAUUCUUGAGAGUAGGGGUGAGAGCAAAGAGUCUAAAUCAGAACCUGUUUCAAAUUACACAGGCCCACUGGACAUUCCUGUGAUGCUUCCCAAUGUUUCAGAAGUCAAAGGAGAUCUGUUAGUAAUGUUGCCCACAGUGCUUGAUGAUGUAGACAGGGAGCAGAAGCACAAGCUAGCAGAUACAGUUGUCAGUGACACACACACUGCAGAUAAGAAGGAACUCCCUGAAGCAAUUUCACUUAUUCCUAGUGCAGAGACAGAAUGUUCAUCUAAAGUUGGUGCAGCACCAUUUGUGUCGAAUAAAAUGAUAAACAAACAGGACGACAGGGAGAAAGGGGAUGUAGAAAUAAACAGUACUCACACAAAAUCCUUCAGUGAGCCUCUUAAGCCUGUGUCCUCUGUAGUUACAACUGAAGCAGGUGAUGUCUCUUCAAUGGCUGCGUUGGAGGUGGAAGGGAAGAAUGAGAAUAAGUCAAAAAAAGUACUUUUGAAGGAUAUUCACAAAGAACAUCUAUGGAAAACAUUGGAGCCUUCAAGUCCAUCUCCUACAAAGGAGAUACAGGACUUGUCAACAAUGAGGGUUUCACCUUUAGACCUAUCAGAGUACAAUAAAGGAAGUAGUGAGGGCUUUGUUGUAGAUGGAAAAAUGAAAACUGAUACAAGCAUUUUCUCAAUGCUGCGAAGUUUUAGCUCACACGAAGACCUUUCAGGGUUUGGCCGGGACACAUCUGAGCUCGAGUUGCACAAGAGCCUCUCCGAGGAGCUAGGUUUUGAGAUGGUCACAGAACAAGAGGGAAGACAAUCUGAGAAAGCACUAAUUGCAGAUGAAAAAAGUUAUCAGAAACUCAGCUAUGUCCAAGAUCAGUUGGGAAAGGACACAGUUGAAGAAGGUUAUGAUCUUAUUGAGGAUGGUGCCCAAAUUUCAGAGCUUGAACAAUUUAGGGAGGCAGCAGAAAUACAGCCCAUGGAUGCAUUCUGCCUUCUCUGCCAUUGCACAAUACUGACAAGUGAUGGUGGACAUGAGAAUCACGAGGUGUCAACUUUGGAUAAAGCAUUUGUGGACCUUAAGGACCAGCUGAAUAACUGGAUAUCAGUUUUACAAGAAAGAUCAGAAAAUAUUGAAGAUAUGGUAUUUGAACUUGAAACAGCUUAUAACUCAGUAGAGGAGAACUGCAAGAAUUGUGAGGAAGCCAUGGAUGAACAGAAUGAGGAGACCCUGAAGCUCGUGAUGGAUCAGUAUAAUGAGAUGUCCCAGACCAUGGAGGAUGAGAAGAAGACCAAGCUCGAGCAGCUGUAUGACCAGAUAGUUUCUUUUCAAGAGAACAUUGACUCGGCCAAGGAGACCAUGGAGAAGACUACAAAGGCAAUCGAGGAAACAGAUCCCUUAGCGUUUAUGUCUUCAUACAAAGACAUUGAUACGAGGUUAAAAACAACUUUAGAAUCCGCCAUGUCUCUAGAGCUCGGUCCACGAGGUCUCCUUGUCUUUGAAGAUUAUGCCAAGGGUACCACAGGAAAUGGGAAGAGAAAUCAAGUAAUACCAGUGCCUCUGCAACCUCAUCUUCAGCCCCAGGAGCCUAAUUCUGCAACGAGCACCUCGGUCACCGUGUACUGGACAGUAAACGAUGGAGACAUCAUCGACUGCUUCCAAGUAUACUGCAUGGAAGAGCCACAACGAGCUAUCUCUGAGGAGUACAGAGUGACUGUGAAGGAGAGUUACUGUAAUCUGGAGGAGCUGGAGCCAGCUAAGUGCUACAAAGUAUGGGUGAUGGCAGUGAACUACACCGGCUGCAGCCUGCCCAGUGAGAGGUUGCCCUUCAGAACAGCCCCCUCUGUUCCAGUGAUCAACCCUGAGGCCUGCACUGUGCUGUGGGAUUCUGCCACACUCCGGUGGACCUCAGCUCAGCCCAGCGGUGCAGAUAGCUUCACUCUGGAAUAUUGUCGUCAGUCCGCUUUGGAAGGAGAGGGCCUCAGGUCUGUCUCUGGGAUAAAAGGUAGUGAGCACCAGGUCUUCCUCCAGCCCAACGAGAACUUCCUCUUCUACAUCAAAUCAGUCAAUGCCGCAGGAGCCAGCGAGCAGAGUGAGGCAGCCCUCAUCUCCACAAGAGCUACCAGGUUCCACUUACUGAUUGAAACAGCUAAUUUGGUGCUUAAAGUAUCUGAGGACAAAAACUCAGUGCAGUAUCCUGUGGAAACCUACACUGAGAUAUCUUCCCUUAUCGAAUAUCCAGCAGUGCUGGGAGAACUGUUGCCCCAAAUUGGGAAUCACUACUGGGAAACAGUGGUGACUGCCUGCAAGGCUUACCGCAUCGGCGUUGCCUAUCAGUCGGCUCCACGAGAUAACACAGUGGGGGACAGCAGCUCCUCCUGGUGUCUACACUGUGUACCAACAUCCAUCAGUUGUAGGUUUGAGCUGCUCCAUGACAACGUGGAGUCGGACAUCUUUGUGAUGGACGUUCCGUCUCGUAUCGGUACGCUGCUGGACUUUGCACGGGGCCGUCUGGUCUUCUUCAACGCACAGAAUGGCCAGUGUCUCGGGUCCUUCAGGCACUCCUUCAGCCAGCCCUGCCAUCCUGUGUUUGUCCUGGAGAGUCCAGGCAACCUGGAACUGAGGAUGCCCAUGGAGAUACCAGAGUUUGCCAAGCACUGGUAACCUGUUCUAUCUUCAUGUUCAUGCUCCUCAAUGAGUCAAACGUAAGACUUUGUGGGUAAGGGCUUGUGUGAGUGUGAAUGCGUGUUUGAGUUAAAUUACUCUCAAAGCAAGUUUGAAUUUUGAUGAGAAAUUUCAACUUCUGUUCUGUUAAAAAAAAACUAAAACUAAAUUUUGUUAAUUUUAUAGUAUGUAGGAAUGACAUUUUACAGAGCUAGUAACAAUGUGAGGUAUUUCCGUUUGGGCCCAGAGAAUUUUAAUGUAAAGAGAGAAUUUCAGGAGAAAUGGUAUUCAAUUGGUGUUCUUGGUAAUGUAAUUAAUAUGAUUAAUUGUUUGUUUGUAAAUACAGCAAUAGUAAUGAAAAUUAUUCAUCAGGCUGCAGCAUAUAAUACAUCCCAUAUAAAAACCAGAAUUAAGUACCAGAUAUAAAAUACUACUAUACUGGAGUCUAGAAUAAUUACUUGCUGUCUUUUUCCAGAAUUGUAACAUUUGGAAUAGUCAGUGGUAGUGCUCAUCACCGUUACUUUAGCAAAUUUCAUUUAAAACAUUUAACUUUUUUUUUUUUUUUAACUUCGUUUAUUGUCUAUGGAUGGUUAAAAUACUGUAUAUUCUGAUUCAGAUUCCCCAUCACCUCUUUAAAGUGGCUUAGAGCAGAUUUGUUCAGCAGGUGGUACUCUAGCUCAGCGUGAAUGUUUAUUUGUUUAUUUCAGAACUGCUACUAAAUGCAGGAAAAGACAUUUUAGCUCCCAAAUUCCUGCCUGAUGAUAUUUUAUACAUAAGGGAUGUAUCUUUGCAUCUAACAUUAAAUUAGCUGUAUUUCAAUGCAAAUUAAAUGUGAGACACGUUUAAUUAUUUCUUAUAGGUUAUUUUUUCUUGUGUUGAUGGAAGAAUUUCUCCUAUCUAGUGCCUUUUUGCCUUAAACUAUUGAAUGACGUACCAUAAGCAAUCACUUUAUUUAUUACAUGUAUCUGUAAUUUGAAUGUUUAGAACAUAUUCUAGCCAUUUUAUGCAUUUUGAAUACUUGAUUCCAUUAUUCUUGUUCUGGAGCUCCCUGUUCCUCAAUUACGAUGUAAAGUAUGGGUGUGUAAGGGCUACAAUGCAAUGAAGCAACUUUGCAGAUAUCCACUGCACUCGGGAUUCAAAUGAUUAGUAACAUUGAAUGGGCAAAAACAGCAUAGGAGUGGAGAGUGGAGACAUGUUCCCAUCUCGCACCCAGACAGCCCGUGUGAGGUCUCCUCUCUCUUUACCCAGCACCAAAACAAAAGCUGAACUAUAACACAAGUCCACGCAGCAUAACGCUAUGAUGAAUGCUGCAACCCAGAUCGCUCCCCACCUUCACAGAGUAAGAGGAAACAGGACCAGCGUUAGUUUGCAGCCUGUAAUCACGCAGCAUUAGGAAGCUGAGAUCCUGAGCAAGCUUAAGACAAGACAAAUACUCAAACUGUUGGACAGUUUGAUGAACUUUAAAGCUGAAUAUUACUGUAGUAGCAUUAAGGGAAUUCUGUCCACCACUAUUGGGUUAUAUGUUUUUGUUUUGCUUCAGACACUCAUGGAAAGAAUGAAGAGAAAGAAAUACAUGACGAGCAUAAAAUAACUUUGGACAUGAGUGUAUCUGACAACAUUUGAAGUAAUGUGUGACAGACUUGUAUUUCAGUUUGGAUUUUUUUUUUCUUUAUUUAACAGGUUUUAUUUUUUAUUAGUAAUCACUUGACCUCUUGAAAAGUGGCUAAAGUCAAAUAGGUUUGACAGUUUUUUCUCGGUUCUUUUUAAAUGUUCUGUACAUUUGAUUUUGCAUCUGGAUGCUUUGUUGUUGCAACAGCAGUAGUCUGAUUUCAGUUUCUGUUCUGAUGGUCAUCUUGUGACAGUAACAGGUUAGAAUGUGUGGGAACAUAUGUGAAAUCCUAUUUUAUGCACAUUUUUCUGUAUUCUUUGUAACCCAUAUGUUUUCAUUGAUUGUAAUCAACAGACAUUUGUUUCUAUAUUUAAAGGAUGUAAUCACAUAAAAUGGAAAUAUGUUUGUAUAUGUGAAGAAAGAGUGGAGAUAAUCCAUUUUACUGACAACUUAAUUGAGUAUGCCUAGAAAGUAAUAUCAAAAUACAAUAUUAAGUUAUAUACUAAAUUAUAUACAUUAUAUUUUUAUUAUAGAAAAUUAUAUACAUAAAUCUAAAUUUAUAUUUUGUAUGGUAAACAUCUGUCAAAGUUGUUACAUGAACAUAAGAGUAAUUCUAUUAAGACCUAUGCUAAUUUUAAGUUUGCACAGGAUAUGCGGUUUUAUACAGAGGCUGAUGUGUAAAUAUAUAUAUAUAUAUAUUUUUUUUGACUCCAAGUAGAUUGCCUAUAGGACAAAUUCACUGCACACUGAAAAAUCCUAUCUGCUUGCACCCAUCUGCUGUCUGAGGCCUACGUGUGUCUACCACAAGAGGUCACUGUACAUCAGUCUGAACCAGUGAUUUCCUUCACUGUACAAAUCAGGGCCUGCAUGUGAGGUGGGUCCCUGCAUUAAGUGUACUCCCUGCUCUGUGCCACCCAACCGCUUUUAGCAUCUACUCAUCGGUCCCAGUUCAUGAGCCAAAUUAGGGCAGCUAGAUCAGGAAAACCAAUAACUGGAAAGUCCCUUAGAGUGGGGUUUAAAAACAAAAAUGAUCAUCCAUGUUAUACCAAUUUCUAAAGAACACUAAUAUUGAGAUGUAAUUGAGCUUAAUCAAAUGCAUCACAGCUAAAAUGAGCACAUGAUUUUAUAAGAACAGAAUAAAUCCGUAGCCAGUUGUGUGGUCGGGUUGUUGUUUUUUCUUUAAUCCUUUAAAAACACUUCCUUUUAAAAUGUUUUUUUUAAAGGCCACAUUUUCAUCAUGAGCAUGUUGGACUGAACUAAAGAUUGUAAAGCAUGGUUUGAAAAGGACAGACUCAAGAUGCAGGGAACAUUUGUGAAUAGGGAAAUCAGACAGUUGUUUUCCAGGUGGACCGUCUUGUCCUGUACUGUCAAAACAGCCCCGGGCUCUUGGACCAGCUUGCCAAAACAUCUCAGAUGGAAUCAGCUGGCUCUGUCUAUAGGGUGUGGCCACGUUCUGCUUGUCUUUUAACUAUUCAUGCUGUUUUUUUCCAUGGGCUUAGAGAUUUGCUGUUUUCUAAAUACAUUACACAAACCUUUCCUUUACACAAACUGGCCUAGAAAACACUUAAAAGCUUCUUUUGUGGAAAAAAUGUGGAGGCAUUUUCUUUUCCUAGAAUCAGUUUAGUGCUCAGAGGCAAUUAAAUGAUUAUUUUGGCCACUUUUUGUAUCUUCCAUACUGUCAUGCUUCUUUUUAUUUUUUCUUUACAGAACUGAGAAGCAAAAAAACAACAAUCAAGUUAGGGGAGUCAGAAAGUUAGAGUCACCAGAGCCAUUUCCACCCUGUUGUGUUUGGGGUGUGACGAUGGACCUCUAACAGCAGUAAUGUGUUCCAUGUGCCACCCUUACGGCGGACUCUGUUAGUCUUCAUUACUGCAAGAUGAAAGGAGACAGAUCCAUGGGAACAAAGUGCAUGCUGACAUUUGUCUAAAUCAAAGAACAGUCACGAGGAGCAGACAGAUACCAUACGAGGAAAGGGUUUGUGACUAAAGAAAAAGUAUUUCAUAAAGAACUUCAUUUACUUGG